AUGACUAGAAAAACGGGCAUUCAAGGUACGAUUGUGACCACCAGGGAUAAAAAUGUGGAGAGUGGGAGUAUGAGCGCAAGUGAGAGCCAGGCAGAAGAUAGUGAUGGUGAAAAAGGGCCGCGUGAUAGUCUCAUAGGAAACAAUAGGCUCAGGGAAUUAAAUUCCCAGGUGUUGGCCAAUAACAUGCCGUACACAAUCAUGAAAAAGUCAGAAAUGUCGUUCAUGACAGCAAUAUUAACAGUAAUUGGGCUUUGCUCAUCCAUUUCAAUGCCAAUUUAUUGGACGGCACUCACGGAGAUUCAGGAUGAUUUCCAUAUUACUGCUGAACAGGCUAACAUGACUGUUACUGCGUAUCUUAUAUUUCAGGCAAUAGCACCUGUCUUCAUCUCUAGUGCAGGGGACUACUUUGGACGGCGCCCUCUAGUGCUUUUCUGUCUGGUUGGAGGGGUGGCUGCUAACGUUGGGCUUGCUGUUUCAAAUACUUACUGGCUCAUCAUUCUUUUGAGAUGCGUUUUGGCAACUUUUGUGGCCCCUACUAUCAGUCUUAACUCCGGAAUCACGGGGGAUUUUACGACCAGAAGGAAUAGGGGCGGAAUAUUGGGUUAUGUUUCUGGAUUUACGUUGAUAGGCCAGGGCUUGGCACCAUUUCUAGGUUCUGUGUUUGACUCUCGAUGGAAUUGGAGAGCCAUCUUCUGGUUUAGUGCUGCCUUCGAUGGCUUUGUGCUCCUAGUAGCAUUCAUAUUUUUGCCAGAGACGAGGCGAACAAUCGUGGGAAACUUGAGUGUUCCGCCUAAAAGCAUAAUACACAAAGCACCAAUUUUAUUUCACUACUCGAAGCGGCUUACAGACAAGGAGGGCAAGUCUCUUGAGCGAAAAUCUGAGACGAAGUUCAACCCAUUUAGACCUUUCAUGCUUCUUCGUGAGUUGGAGAUAACGUUGAUUCUUCUUCCCUGCUCGCUUUUCUUUGCAACAUGGACCAUGUCGCAGGUCAGCCUGACUACAAGUCUUAGCAGAGAUUACCACUACUCAUCGCUCAAGGUUGGUCUCUGCUUCUUUGCCCCAGGUAUGUCCACCAUUUUUGGCACAAUUUUUAGCGGCAAAUCCUUGAACUGGAUUUACAAGAAGAGGAAGAAUGCAUAUAUCAAAAAAUUGGGUGAUCUGAAGAGCGGUCAGAAUAUUCCUCCUUUCGACAUCAUCCGGGCCAGAUUGUGCUUUUCUGUUGGCCCCACUGCUAUCAUGGUUGCCUCAUGCAUCACGUAUGGCUGGUGUUUAGAAUACAAAGAGCCGGUGGCUGUGAUUUUAGUGCUCUCAUUCCUUCUUACUUUUGGUGUCAUGUAUACAUUGAAUGUGGCACCAACUCUCUUAGUGGAUCUUCAUCCGAGAGAAUCCGGCGGCUCCACAUCUCUUAACAAUCUUUUCCGGUGUGGAAUGAGUGCUAUAUUUGUGUCCUGCAUCUCCAAAAUGAAUCAAAGUAUGUCAUUGGGUGGAACUUACACAUUAAUGGGAGGCCUUUGCAUUAUAGGCAUCGUAAUUUUGCAGGUGGUCAUGCUUGAUAGCAAGAAGCUUAUGGAAAAGAAGCGUCUCCGUGAGCUUGCAUACCAACAGGCUACAGUAUAG